GAGCAUCUGUCAGUGAGUGACGGCACCCCCUGCUCCUGCCCCAUAGAAACAAUGCUGCCUGGCCGGCUGCCCCAUAGCGCUCUCUGGACAGCUGCCCUCCUGCUAUGGCUGGGAAUGGAGACACUCGGGCACAUCAGACAAAAAAACCUCCACACCAUCAUCAACUACAUCAUGAGGUUUCAGGUUCAAUACUCCUUCGCCGUCAGCCUGAGCAGAACCUAUUGUGACAACCCGUCUGGUCUGAAACAGGAGCUGCGUAAGAAUGAGCUGAUGAGAUUGUGGGCGGCCAUUAACCGAAAGGGCGGCCUGUAUGACCCGAAGGAAGGGCACAUUGUGGCUGCCCAGGUGAACCCUCUGGACCGGGGGGCGGAACACUCUGAGUGGCGCCUGCUUUGGGGUCAGCAGCAGAGCCCCGUGCAGAAGCUCCUGGCCCGGACCUACAACAGCAGCAGCUGCCUGAUUUUCUUCACCCUCAACUCGCCCUGCGUGACGACGUGCCUGCAGGAGAACGGGCCCUACAACAUCCUAAAGAUGGUGAGCGACACCUUCCUCAACAUCAGCAAUGACUACAAGGCCUUCGUCUUCCAAAAGAUCUACUGGAGGGACUGGGAGAAUGAGAUGCCCCAGAGCCUGCUGGACGCCUGGCACCAGCUGAAAAACGUGCCCCUGCUGCGCUGCGACAACAACGGCUGCAGGGACUGCAGCGGGAACGACCCCAACACCAAUCGCUGCCUGGCGAGGAUGUGA